CGUCCCGGUCCGGCGGGGACGUGGAGUCCCGGCAGACAGGGGUCAGCUCAAAGACAAAGGAAUGGCGGAACGGACCGGGAUGAACGGGGAUCGCCGCCCCGCGGCACCGGCCCGACCCACCCGGUGGGGGCCCCCUGCGGCUCGUUUCCAGCAUGUCUACAGAUGGCAGCUUCGGCACAGGCAGCAGCAGCGAUGCCCAGCAGAGCCUGCAGUCCUUCUGGCCUCGUGUCAUGGAGGAGAUCCGCAACCUCACGGUGAAAGACUUCAGGGUUCAGGAGCUGCCCCUGGCUCGGAUUAAGAAGAUAAUGAAACUAGAUGAAGAUGUGAAGAUGAUUAGUGCUGAGGCUCCUGUGUUGUUCGCCAAGGCAGCUCAGAUAUUCAUAACAGAACUGACUUUACGAGCCUGGAUCCACACAGAAGACAACAAGCGCAGGACUCUGCAGAGGAAUGACAUCGCCAUGGCAAUUACGAAGUUCGAUCAGUUUGACUUUCUUAUUGAUAUCGUCCCAAGAGAUGAACUGAAGCCUCCGAAGCGUCAGGAAGAGGUGCGUCAGGCUGUGACCCCGGCUGAACCCGUGCAGUAUUAUUUCACACUUGCUCAGCAGCCUGCUGCAGUGCAGGUCCAGGGGCAGCAGCAAGGACAGCAGACCACGACAUCUACAACCACCAUUCAGCCAGGGCAGAUCAUCAUCGCGCAGCCGCAGCAGGGGCAGGUGGGAGAAGGCCAGCAGGUGCAGAUUGUGCAGGCCCAGCCACAAGGACAGAGCCAGCAGGCACAGAGUGGGACCGGGCAGACCAUGCAAGUCAUGCAGCAGAUAAUCACCAACACUGGGGAGAUCCAGCAGAUCCCGGUUCAGUUGAAUGCUGGCCAGCUGCAGUAUAUCCGCUUAGCCCAACCUGUGUCAGGCACCCAGGUAGUCCAGGGGCAGAUCCAGACGCUUGCAACCAAUGCACAGCAGAUAACGCAGACAGAAGUCCAACAAGGACAGCAGCAGUUCAGCCAGUUCACAGACGGACAGCAGCUCUACCAGAUCCAACAAGUGACCAUGCCUGCAGGCCAGGACAUCGCGCAGCCCAUGUUCAUCCAGUCCACCAACCAGAGCUCUGAUGGCCAAGCCACGCAGGUGACGGGGGACUGAGCAGGGUCACUGUGUGGGGAAACAAACACGUGCCAGCCCGACGUUCACAUUACCAACCUGCUCUGAGGAAUCCAUUGCUUCUGUGUCUCCGUACCUGACAUUCAGCCUGCAGCAGGCUGCGCUCUGUGCUGCACUGUACACCUUCCUCCGGUGGGUGUGAGCACGUAUCCAGCAGACACUGACAAGAGUGCAAGAGUUUGAUUUUUGGAAGUCAAUAUUUGGCUGCUUGUUCAAAGCCCAUCAGACAGAAGGGAACUGACGGGACCUGGGGCAUCUCAGUGGACAACGUGCAAAAGGUUUUGAUCCGGUGACAUUCUCGAAGGGUGCUGCGUGCGGUUUGUUGUAAGAGCUUCAAUCCUGGUGCUCUGGUUGUGUUUCUCCCUGAAUAGAGCUAGAUUCAGUCCUACCAUCUCAGUGGUCUGCUAUGGGGGGAGGGGGGGGGGGCGUGUAUGUGUGUUUGGUUGGCCUCUCCUGCCUCCUUUUUUGGUAAGCUGGAGCAUUGAAUAUAUGCAGCUUGGGGGCAGGGAGCAGGGGAAGAGUAAUUAAAGUGAAAACAAAAACAUUCCUUGUACCAUGACUGUAUUUUCUAAGGGCAAAAUGAUUCUCCAAUUUGACCUGGUUUGUUCCAGAACUGCUGAUGGCAGCCUGGAUGAACCCCAGCCCUGCUGUGCGCUGUUGUUCUGCCUUCGGUCCAUGCAUGUAAUAUAAGCUUCCUCAAACGAAAUAAAUGUCCUUUGUAAGAUAA